CAACUGCUGGCUUUGCUGACUGUUGCCCCAGUACUAAACAACUCAGAAGCUGAAUACAUCAUCAAUAAAUAAAUAAGGCUAUGUUAAGAGGUGACAUGAACCUUGAAGAGUAUUUUGCAAGAACUGGCUAUAAAGGCUCCCUUGAAAAACAAGAUUUGGAAACCUUAACUGCCAUCUUCCAGCACCACAUCCGUGCUGUUCCCUUUGAAAACCUCAGCAUCCAUUGCGGGGAGAAAAUUACUUUGGACUUGGAGCACGUUUAUAACAAAAUUGUGCGGAAGAAGCGCGGUGGCUGGUGCAUGGAAAACAACCAGCUGCUGGGCUGGGUCCUAAGAGGCUUGGGCUAUGACACCAGCUUCCUGGGAGCAUAUGUGUACAAUCCCCAUCAAAACACCUAUGCCACCAUCAUGACCCAUCUCAUCGUAAAGGUGGUGAUCGAUGACAAAGCCUAUAUUGUCGAUGGGGGCUUUGGUGUAUCCUAUCAGAUGUGGCAACCGAUGGAGCUUGUGUCAGGGAAAGACCAGCCCCAGGCUCCUGGGGUCUUUCGCUUCACAGAAAAAAAUGACACCUGGUACCUUGAGAAAGAGAGACGGAAACAACAUAUCCCCAAUCAAAACUUCUCUAAUUCUGACCUUCUGGAGAAAAAAGAGUGUCGGAAAGUUUAUAUGUUCAGCCUUGAGCCACGGACAGUAGAAGACUUCAGUUUCCAGUGCACGUACCUUCAGACAUCUCCAGAUUCCCUCUUCACAAAGAAAUCCAUCUGUGCCCUCCAGACCACCCAUGGCUUCCGAGCACUAAUCGGGUGGACACUCACUGAGACCACAUACAACUACAAGGAAAAUAUGGAUCUGGUGGAAUUUGUAACUCUGGAGGAUGAAGAGGUGGAAAAAACACUCAAGGAGAAAUUCAACAUAACUCUAGGUGGAAAACUUGUCCCAAUUAAUGUCAAAGGACCUUACACAAUCUAGAUGACCAGAAAACCCCACAAUAAUGCUACAGGUGUACAGUGCCUUCUGCAGUUCCCUGCAAUCACCACUGUAAGAUUAUGGGAUUCUUUCUUUUGUAGGAAAGAUCAAAGGAAAAAUACAUUAAUACCAGAUUAAAGUGAAUUUCACUCUGUGAAAAAUCAGGAAUUUAAGACUCUUCUGUUGGGCAGAUAGAAUUAUUUGCUGUGAGAUAACUGCAGUUCAAUUUUUGGCACAAAUGUAGGAUCUGAUUUGAAUCUGGUUAUAAACCUGGGUAAUAAAUAUCUCUGGGGGAUUUUGGAGUGCCUAUAGCACACAAAUAGGAGUGUGGAUUAUUAAUUGUGAUAUGCUGCCAACACAUUUUCUAUGGUUAUUAUAGGGAGAAAAGUCAUCUAUGAGCAUUGAAGCACACAUUUAAAACUUCAUUCUUCACAAGAUCUAACCACUCACAGCUCAUCUCAUUUCUCUACCUUUCAUGUAAGUAAAACCAUGUCAUCUUUGGAAGGGGCAUUAAGUGGGAUAAUUCUUUCCCCAUCAUCCUUACACAAAAGAUAGUACAAAAUGAAAAGUCUCCUCAUGUGCAUCCCUUUUGCCAUUAACUGCCUCAAGUAACUUUGAGUAUGUAUGUAUUUUUUGGUGAUACAAAUCGGUGUAGAUUGCAGCAUUACUGUGGCUGAUAGGCUUUAAGGAGAUAUUUACAUGCUUUGCUUCUGAUAAAUAACCAUCCUAUAAGGGGGAAUGGUAUUUAAACAUCACAACUGUCUUUGAUACACUUCUGUCUCAAAAGGGGUGGAAAAUUUGUAUGUUUAGUGUUGCAAAUGAUUUGUCUAACAAAGGGAGAAUAACAUCUUUAACCUCACCAUACCCUUCAUUUUGCCCUCUCUGUGUGAAUACGGGAGUGCAUAUGGCUAUCCUGAACGAGUACUGCAUUUAGUCUCAGAAGUGAGUUAUUUCAGAAUCACUUUUCUGCUCUUUGUAUUUUUUUUUCCAAAAGCCCAAACAAGGCAACCACUGAGAAAGGGGAAACAUUCUCAAGCACAUCAAGAAACUAGCAAUAACACUGAAACAUACCCUUUCUCCCCAGUCUGUGACCAAUGAGCACUGGUCACAUGUUGAUUUCUCCCAUUUGACAGUGUAUCUUUUUGCUCAAAAACACAAUCUGAUAGUAAAUCUCACAAAUGCUGUAAGUGUAUAUCUGAAAAUAAAGGAAAAUAAAGACAUGAA